AGCUGAUAUUUGGAUGAUCCAGGGAUAAAACCUCACCUUUGACUUCCAAAACAUUCCUGAUUCAGACCUAGUCACCAUGAACAAAAGUACCUGUAAUCCACACGGGAAAAGCAAGAGUGUUUCAGAAGAAGCUCUGCAUCACAGCACUGAGGAUGAGGAGCCUUUCCAGGGAAUGGAGCCCUAUCUUGUGCGAAGAUUGUCAUCCCGUAACAUCCAGCUUCCCCCAUUGGCUUUCAGGCAGCUAGAACAGGCAGACUGGGAUAAAAAGAAUGACGUUGAGAGCAUCCCAAGGCCCACAACUCUUCCUCUGAGGAUACCUCCUCUGAUUGCCAUUACAGCUGCUGAGUCCAGCAGGUAAGGUCCUCUSUUAUUUAUUCAGUAUUAUCUCUGGCAGAAGCAGGGCAGCAGAUGCUACUUCUAGGAGAGAGGUAAAUUUCUCUUCUAAAUCCACUAAAUGAAAAAGAGGAAUAGAAUGUCUAUAAAUUUGUCCCUGACAAUUGUAAUACUGCUUGUAAAGCUUAUGGACAUAUCUAGUAAAAAAACCCUCUAGAAAACAUUUUCUCUGAACAUUAUUAAUACUUCAUAUCCUGAAAGAAGAUUUCUGGGGGCUUGAUUUACCGUUUAUGAUGAUGAAGUGGAGUAGAAAGAGAUAGAGGAUGAAAGGAGCU